AAGCCCUUUUCAAUGUUCACAUAAUAUACCCAACUGGAGCUCCAGAUAAUUCUCCAUAGCGACAUUUUGAGACAAGACAAUAAUGGAAGCGAUACCAAGACCCACCAAGACAGGCAAUCCAUUUGGUGCCGGAGUCAGACGCUCAUGGGCACCACCAAGCCCAGAUGACGACCAAAGUGUUGGCGACGAGGUUGCUCAGCUCGUGGCCCUCUCUAAAAGAACACUAGAAGUACAGGAGGAGUCUGCGAAUGCUACUGCUAGGGCAUUGGCAACCGCCAAGCAAACGGAACAGCUGGGAAUGGAGAACUUGGUGAAGCUCAAUGCACAGGGUGAACAACUUGACUCAAUACAUGAAAAAACCGAAGAGACUGGACACAAAAUCAAAAUUGCCGAAGCGAAAACCUCGUACCUCGACAAACUCUCUGAUUCCUUCCUCCGGCCAAUAUUUGGCGGUGAAAAGCAAGUUAAACAAAAAGAUUCCCAACCAUUUGAGUGGAAAGCACCGCAGGGACCGGACGGCAAACCUCUGUGGGGACGACGUGUUAGCAGUUUACCUGAGGAAUUCCCUGGCGCUAUCGCAAAAGGAGCCGAACCCAAGAGCACAGUCAAGCCUGGCGGAAUGCUGGGAGACUGGGCGGACGAGGAGGACAAGAUAAAAUCUGAGAUGCAUGAACAAGUGAUUGAGGAGAAUAUGGGACAGAUUAGUAAUAUUGUCAAGGGAAUCAAGUACCAAGCGCAGGCGAUGGGACAAGAGAUAGAGCGACAGAGCCAUGUCAUUUCAAGGACGGAAGGGAAUGUGAUGGAGCAAACCGAUAGAAUUCAGGGUGUAAAUAGAAGAUUGGAUAAGAUUAGCAGAAAGUAGGAAUUGUAGUAGGAUAUGUAAUUAUAGCGACUGCGUGCAACAUUCUUGGUCGUCAUCAAAGGCCCAACUCACCUCCAGGGCCAAAAAGUAGGGCUAACUAUCAAGAAAGCCUUCAAAUGAGCGUCAAAAAUAACACAAUUC